AUGGCAGGAGCUUCUGCAGAUCUUCGUGGUCAGCAUGAGUCAGAUAUAGAGCUCAUUGAUGGUGAAAGGAGUGAAGAUGGAGGACAGUAUGUUGAGGUGACCAUGGACAUCCAAGCUGGCUCUGUGGCCUUACAUAGCAUUAAUUCUGUUGACAUGGAGGAGGGUGGCAAGUUGGGUUCCAAGAGCAAGAGGCUUGAGAGGAAAACAUCCUUGGGGGCUUCCAUGGUUCAGAAUGCUGCCAUUCGCAUGAAGCAGCUCAAGCGUUUGGCAUCGUUUUCGAAGCCAGCGCCUAAGCACUUUGAGAGGACAAAGUCUGCAGUGGGUCAUGCCCUCACCGGCCUCAAGUUCAUCAGCAAGACUGAUGGUGUUGCAGGAUGGGGUGAGGUGGAGAAGCGCUUUCAUAAGCUUACUGCUACCACCGAUGGCUAUCUUCCUCGUGCUCUCUUUGCCCAAUGCUUAGGGUUGAACAAGGAGUCCGAGGCUUAUGCAGAGAAGCUUUUUGAUACUCUUGCUCGCCAGAGAUGUAUUCAGGGGGGUUCCAUUAACAAGAUCCAGUUGAGGGAGUUCUGGGACCAUAUUUCUGAUGAGAGCUUUGAUACUAGGCUCAAAACAUUCUUUGACAUGGUUGAUAAAGAUGCAGAUGGCAGAAUCACCGAGGAAGAAAUUAAAGAGAUUAUAUGCCUUAGUGCUACGGCCAACAAAUUGUCAAACAUCCAGAAACAAGCAGAGGAAUAUGCGGCUUUGAUUAUGGAAGAACUGGACCCUGAUGACACAGGGUACAUCAUGAUAGAUAACCUGGAGAUGCUCUUGCUGCAUGGACCAGAGGAAACUACAAGAGGAGAAAGUAAGAACCUGAGCCAAAUGCUAAGCCAAAAGCUUAAGCCUAUCUAUGUGGACAGUCCAAUUAUAAGGUGGUAUAGAGAUACCAAGUACUUCUUGCUGGACAAUUGGCAAAGAUGUUGGGUUAUUGCACUGUGGAUUGGUGUGAUGUUAGGCCUAUUUGCCUAUAAAUUUGUGCAGUAUCGAAGAAAAGCUGCCUAUGAGGUGAUGGGCCACUGUGUAUGCAUGGCAAAAGGUGCAGCCGAGACACUUAAAUUGAACAUGGCUCUUAUCUUGUUACCAGUUUGCCGGAACACCAUCACCUGGCUUAGGAACAAGACCAAACUAGGUGUUGCAGUUCCUUUGGAUGAUAACAUCAACUUCCACAAGGUGAUAGCUGUGGCAAUAGCAAUUGGUGUUGCUAUACAUGGUAUUUAUCAUCUUACUUGUGAUUUUCCUCGCCUUCUUCAUGCAAGCGAUGAAAAGUACGAGCUGAUGAAACCUUUUUUCGGAGAUAGACCACCAAAUUAUUGGUAUUUUAUCAAAUCAUGGGAAGGAGUAACAGGGAUUGUUAUGGUUGUGCUAAUGGCAAUAGCCUUUACGCUGGCCAAUCCUAGGUUCCGGAGAGGCCGGGCCAAAGUACCCAAACCCUUCGACAAAGUCACAGGUUUCAAUGCAUUUUGGUAUUCUCAUCACCUCUUCAUCAUUGUCUAUGCCAUGUUGGUUGUGCACGGAAUCAAACUUUACUUGUCUAAGGAGUGGUACAAGAAAACGACCUGGAUGUAUCUGGCUGUUCCCAUCACCAUUUAUAUAUUGGAAAGACUGAUUAGAGCACUGAGAUCGAGCAUUAAGUCCGUCAAAAUAUUGAAGGUGACUCUUUAUCCUGGAAAUGUGUUAUCACUUCAAAUGUCAAAGCCGCAGGGGUUUGAUUACAGAAGUGGACAAUACAUGUUUGUCAAUUGUGCUGCUGUGUCUCCAGUUGAAUGGCAUCCAUUUUCCAUAACUUCCGCCCCUGAUGAUGAUUACCUUAGCGUUCACAUAAAAAUACUUGGUGAUUGGACUCGAAGUCUCAAAACCAAGUUCUCGCAGGCGUGCCAGCAACCUCUCAAUGGACAGAGUGGACUUCUAAGAGCUGAAUGCAUGAAAGGAGAGAACAGUUCAACUCCUUUUCCUAAAGUUCUGGUGGAUGGUCCGUAUGGGGCGCCAGCACAAGACUACAGGGAAUAUGAGGUGGUUUUACUUGUGGGGCUUGGAAUUGGAGCUACCCCAAUGAUAAGUAUACUAAAGGACAUGGUGAAUAAUUUUAAGGCCAUGGACGAGGAGGAGGGGAUCGCAAUAGAAAACGGAAUAAGUGGGUCAGGUGGUGCUAAAUCACCACUAACAACCCAACAAAGAAGUGCCAGGUUGAGUGAUUUCAAGACAAGGAGGGCAUACUUCUACUGGGUGACCAGAGAGCAGGGUUCUUUUGACUGGUUCAAAGGGGUGAUGAACGAGGUGGCUGAAGAGGACCGAAGGAAAGUGAUUGAGCUCCACAGCUACUGCACCAGCGUCUAUGAAGAGGGUGAUGCUCGCUCUGCUCUUAUUGCUAUGUUGCAGUCAUUAAACCAUGCAAAGAAUGGAGUGGACAUUGUUUCUGGCACACGUGUUAUGUCUCACUUUGCCAAGCCCAAUUGGCGUAGUGUCUACAAGCGCAUUGCGCUUAAUCAUCCACAGGCCCGAGUUGGGGUAUUUUACUGCGGGCCAGCAUCAAUCACCCACGAGCUUCGUCAGCUAGCAUUGGAUUUCUCUCACAACACAUCCACCACUUACGACUUCCAUAAAGAAAAUUUCUGACAAGAUAGUGGAUUAUCGAGAACAGGAUCAGAAGGAGGUGGAACGAGCUUAUUGUCCACCUUGAUCCCCACCACGGACCACCUAUAUGAUUCCACUAUAAUCCAUGUAGAGCCCUUCUGUUGAUGGCCGAUAAAUAAGUUCCUAUAUAUGGUUGUUAUGGCUUUGUAAAAGGAGUAAGUCAGGCGAGGUUAAAUGCUUAAAAUAGUGAGUUGGCUACCAAUUACAAAAGGGGUUAAAAUGGUCAAUGUAUUUGCGUGUCUUCAUUUCCAUGUAAAUUUAAGGAGAAAUACAAGUUUUAUUUUUUUCUUUCUUUUUUCUCA